AUGGCGACAAGCCCUUCAUCGCUCGUUGUCGAGGAGGGUCUCCCCCUUCCCGCUCGCCGCAACAUGCUCUCAUCGCGCUUUUCGGCGCUUAUACACUCCCAAACCCUCUCAAACGGUCUUCGCUCGAUGGCUACCACCUCCAACGCCGCCCUCCGCCGCCAAGCCGCCUCGACCACCUCCCUCACCUCUCUCACUGAACGCGGCUGGCAACUCUCAUUCGCGGCUUCGACGGGUUCUGCGACACAGAAGCUGAGCCGGGAGUACACCUUCAAGGACUUCAGCGAGGCGUGGGGGUUCAUGAGUCGGGUUGCGCUCGUUGCUGAGAAGUUGAACCAUCACCCAGAGUGGACAAACGUCUACAACCGCGUCUCGAUCGCUCUCACGACGCACGACGAAGGGAACCAGUUGACGGCGCUGGAUGUCAAGCUGGCGGAGCGGAUUGAGGCGAUUGCGGGUCAGGCGGGAGGAGGGGAGUCUUAA